AUGACAACACUUGAACCCUUGCCAGACCACCAACGUGCCAUCGUGGAAGACGAAGCUGGCCAGCCAGUCCUCGCCAACGAUGUCGCACUUCCAGCUCUUCUACCAAAGACCCUCCUGGUCAAGACCACAGCAGUCGCGAUCAAUCCCUUCGACUACAAGAUGCCGAAAAAUUUCCCUUCGGCCGGCGCCACCGUCGGUAUAGACUUCGUCGGCAGAAUCGUGCGCAUCGACGCCGAGGCUGCGGCGCUGCGGUCGGACUUGGCGGUGGGAGACACGGUCUGCGGCUUCAUCCACGGCUCGAACCCUGCCGCGCCUGACAGCGGCGCCUUUGCUGAGUAUGUGCGGGCUCCAGCGCAGCUGGUGUACAAAGUCCCAGCGACUGUGAAAGUCGAAGAAGCUGCGACAUACGGAUGUGCUAUCGCCUCUAUGUGCCUGGCCUUGUGGAAGUCCUUGGGCUUGCCAGCUUCGCCGAUGCAAUCCUUGGCUUCUGAGAGCCCGGCGUACGUUCUUGUAUAUGGGGGAAGUACUGCGACUGGAACAAUGGCCCUGCAACUUCUGAAAUUAUCUGGCUAUACGCCGAUAGCUACCUGCUCACCAAAGAACUUCUCCCUCGCCAAAUCAUUCGGAGCUGAACACGUCUUUGACUAUUCUGAUCCGGAGACGGCCAAUAGUAUUCGAAAAUUGACGGCCAACAAGCUGCGAUAUGCACUCGACUGUAUCACCGACAAAGAUUCGGUGACCCUGUGCUAUGCUGCCAUCGGCCGCAUGGGCGGCAAAUACGCCUCGCUUGAGUUGUGUCCCGAGGAGUUACAAACGCGAAAGGCUGUCCAGGCCAAAUUUGUGUACGCACUUGAGAUAUUUGGGCAGCCUAUUUCAUUGGGCAAGGGAUACGAUUCUGAGGGGAGUGUUGAGCUGUACGAGUUCGCCGUGAGCUGGUACAAAGUAUUUCAAAAGCUGCUGGAUGAGGGAAAGUUGCGGUCUCACCCUGUGCAAUUGCUUGAGGGUGGACUUGAAGGUGUCAAAGAUGGAAUAGAGCUUCUGAGGACUGGUUACCUUGGCAUUGCAAUCCCGAGGUCGUGGUCAUCCGGCUUCGCUGGCACGAACGGAAUGCCCAAGCAGUACACAUACCACGGUCUUGCCACCAAAUCAACAGUCCGGCUCAUCAAAUUGGAAGAGUUGAAGGUGGAAGACCGAAUAGCAUGCAAGAUUCGCUACGCCGAACAGUCCACCGCUGAAUACGAUGCAUUAUCCUAUGUGUGGGGAGAUGACACCCCAAGAAGAGACAUCCUUAUAUACAACGACGAUAAUCACGAAUGGACUUCCUUUCGCGUACACGAGAAUCUUUGGCAAUUCUUGGACAAUAUCUGGCGGCGACAGAUCUUCGACCGCUGGCUUUGGACCGAUUGUGUUUGUCCCAACCAAAGAGACGACGAGGAGAAAAAAGAGCAAAUUCCGCGAAUGGCUGACAUAUAUCGCAAUGCUGUACGAGUGAUUGCUUGGCUUGGGCUGUCAGCGAGCCAAGGGGAACAUUUACUCCCCAUCCGGGACUAUGUUCAGGCGAAUGGAUCCGCGCGUGCGAGAGAAUGGAGGACACUAUUUUCGGAGGAAUCAAUCCUUGCUGCCAAAUCCGCGUUUUGGGCAGAAUACUGGGAACGUGUCUGGAUAGUGCAGGAAGUUGCGAGUGCCGCGGAGAUCGUUUUCUUCGUUGGAGAUGUGGACAUGACAUUCGACGAGUCAUGUAGGCGCAAGCAGGUCUAUGGCAUACUCGGCCUGGUGGCAAACCUCAGCGACGGCACAUCACCACUUGAGCACAUCGGAAUCGACUACGACAAUCCCCCAGCGGACGUGUUCCUCGAUGCUAUUCUCGAAUCUCAUGAGUCUUGGACUCGUCCCACAACGUAUUCUGCAGCAAUAGACCCACUCCUGAAACGUCCCGAUAACACCAAGACUUGGGAGCCGGUCUUCACUUUUCUCGCAAGAUGUACAGAGAGCAAUCGCACAUCGCAGAGACACAAAGAGCUAGCGAAACUUGUCCUCUCAGUCAGCGAUUCCUUGUACUUCAUCGCAUCCACUUCAGGUUCUCCACCUGGAAACGGAUCCACGUUACAAGCCUUCUACAGACUUGUUCCCAAUCUUAUUUCCGCCUUCUACGACGAAGACAUGAAACGUACCGCGCAGUCCAGCGCAGCCAUGCUUGGCGUUACUCUCGCCCUUUUCAAUCGCGACGACGAAAUGAGCCGGAUGACUGAGGACUGGAAAGCCUGCCGACGUUCCAGAGUCGAGGCUAGUUCUCCGUGGCGAUGUGCUGCCCACCAGUCGUCGGCACGCGCCUGGCUCCCGUUUCAGCAUAUAUAG